AUGUUUAACGGGGAGCCGAGUCCGCCCUCAGCUGGGGCCUCCAGGAACGUAGUGCGGAGCUCCAGCAUCAGCGGAGAAAUCUGCGGAUCCCAGCAAGCUGGGGGCGGGACCGGGACCACCGCUGCCAAGAAACGGCGCAGCAGCCUGGGCGCCAAGAUGGUGGCUAUCGUGGGCCUGACUCAGUGGAGCAAGAGCACACUCCAGCUCCCACAGCCUGAAGGGGCCACCAAGAAGCUGCGCAGCAACAUCCGACGGAGCACGGAGACCGGCAUCGCCGUGGAGAUGCGGAGUCGUGUCACGCGCCAGGGCAGCCGGGAGUCCACUGACGGGAGCACGAACAGCAACAGCUCUGAGGGCACGUUCAUCUUCCCCACCACCCGGCUUGGAGCCGAAAGCCAGUUCAGUGAUUUCCUGGAUGGACUGGGACCAGCCCAGAUUGUGGGGCGACAGACGCUGGCAACACCACCCAUGGGAGACGUCCACCUUGCCAUCAUGGACCGCAGUGGCCAGCUGGAGGUGGAAGUGAUCGAAGCUCGGGGCCUGACCCCCAAACCAGGCUCCAAAUCCCUCCCAGCCACCUAUAUCAAGGUUUACCUGCUUGAGAACGGGGCCUGCUUGGCCAAGAAGAAGACAAAGUUGGCCAAGAAAACCUGUGAUCCCCUGUACCAGCAAGCUCUGCUCUUUGAUGAGGGGCCCCAGGGCAAGGUGCUGCAGGUGAUCGUCUGGGGUGACUAUGGCCGCAUGGACCACAAGUGCUUCAUGGGCAUGGCCCAGAUCAUGCUGGAUGAGCUGGACCUGAGUGCCGCGGUCACCGGCUGGUACAAACUCUUCCCCACCUCCUCAGUGGCAGAUUCCACUCUUGGAUCCCUCACCAGGCGCCUGUCUCAGUCCUCCCUGGAGAGUGCCACCAGCCCCUCGUGCUCCUAA